UCCUCUUUCUCCCACAGCUCUGACAAAUCCGGAGGAAGGCCGGCGGCAAAAUGAGCAGUCCGCCUCGCCUGGAUCUGCUCCAGCAGCUGCACCCGGCGCUCCGAAGUGAGCAUAGCAUAGGUGGCGAUCCGACGCCUCGACAUCGCAAACGAUGGACAGAAGUGGAUGCCGGUGGUUGAGAGGAGAAAGAGGAAGAAAUGGGGCGGGCUUAGGGUUAUGUUGCCGCUGUCCGGCUUAAAUAGCCGGCUUCCUCCCUCGGGUGGCAUGCCAGAGCCACGCCACACGGCGCGGAGCGAAGGAGGCACCCGUCUGACCAGCGGCCUCUCCGUGUCCCCGUGUGGGCCCUAUCCGCCAGUCCGACGUGGCAGCCGUGCCUGGGUGCGUCCAGGCCUCCCCAUAUCCGCCCUAGAUUUGGGCCGGAUAUGGAGAGUGCCGGUCAGCCCGGGUGUUCGGCCCGGCUACGGGGAGCUUGGUUGGGUGGCCAAAACUCAUCCGGGCACUGACCAGACAGCCCAUCCGGGCAUUUGGGGCGGGUACGGGGGUCCGGUUGUAGAUGCUCUUACCACGAACACUUGUCACAUAAAAGUACCAAACUUUUCUCAAUAAAUGGAAGCAAGGGACAUAAAUAGGUUUGAUCUAUUACGCGCACGCACACCCUACCCCUACCCCUAUGAGCACAUUCGGGAGACCGAGCUGGUAAAUCUUGAGAUUGACGAUGUCGUCACAUGCACCUCAUAGUCGACGGGAACGUUGUCUCCCACUGAACGCGAAACGCUGGAAUGCCUGAAAUAAAUCAAGGAAAAUGGGAACACCCAUCGCAUGUCCGGGUAUUGAACCUGGGUGGGUUGGUUCCACCACAAGGAACAUAACCUUUGAGCUACGCUUCUAUACUUCACAAAUCAUUGUAUUUCUAUGGCAUGUACGAAAGACUAGUUUUACGUUGAAACAAGGGCUUGUCAACCUGUCUUUUGAAGGGUGUAUCCCGAACCAUAAUACUUUCAAUGAUAAUGGGUUUUCAAACGAAGAAUCAUGCAGCUCUUCAAAGCCUAGUCUUCUGCAAUUUCAGUCACCAGAAGCAGGAAGCUCAAGAUGAGUGCAGCGAAGCUAGAGAAGUUGACUUCAAAGAAUCUCAGUACUAACAUUUGAGUUUAUCAGAGGAUCUUUUUUAUGUUGUCUUUUAUUACGGUCAAUAUCAGAACAAGGUAGACAAGUCUAACUCAAAUAUGUCGUUGACUCCUAAAUUGUACAGCAUUUAAACCAAAAAGAUACAUCUAUAUCUCCCGCAUUCAUUCCUUCCAAAACAGAUUCAAAUCUAGCAAGAAACAGACUUUGAAGGAAAAUGCACCCAUUACACAUUUCCUUUAAAAAAAUCAUCUCUUCUUCUUGGCAGCUAGCAGCCAUUAAUAAUUUUCUAAUUCCACGUGCCUUUAUUUACCUCGUUGUAGUACUAUUCCUCUACAUAUUUCGUUGCCGAGGAGAGGAAGCGGGGACUGUUUGAGCAAACAGCCACAGGAUCUCUCUCUACCUCCAUCAUCAAGGUAACAGAGGUGCCGAGAAUUUUGCAGAGAUUCUAGGGUUCAAGACUACAGGAGUCUUCCCCCGUGAAGUGCGGGCUUAAUUACGUCGUAAGCUGCAAUGGAGCGCAACCCCAGGACACCGGCUCCCCGGGUGUACACGGAGGUCCCGCCGGCUACAAUAUUCGUGCGUGCCACCACGUCGACGUUCAAGGAGGUGGUGCAGCGUCUCACCGGCCAGCCGGCGGCCGGAAAUACCGUGGCCCGUCGCUAUGGUGCCACCGUGCAGCAGCCACCGCCGCCACCGGUGCCACGCGCGGCCGGCAUCGUGUCGCCAUAUACGCACCCGCUACCACUGUUGUCGGACAUGCCGGGCCUGUGCAUCUCCAACAAGGCGGUGAAGGUGAACACACUGUUCCCGAUGACAUCGGCGUCAAUGCUCGCUGAAGACGUGGAGGUGGAGACGGUGGACGCUGAAGAGGAGAAGGCCAUCAAGGAGGGGAGGUUCUACCUGCUUCCGUCGGGAAUGUGCCGCUGCUGCCACGGCGAGCCGAAACUGCUUCCAUUGUUUCCAGGAGCGGAGUAGCCCCUUCCUACAGUGAUGGAAGUUGAGAAUUAUAUGAAGCGCCUAUGCGUCUGGGAGGACUUGGUGAACACAUAUUAUGCGUGGUGUGAUACUUCCAACUAUCUCUUACUUAAGCAGAUGUGUUGGAUUUUGUCGUUCUCACUGAACAUAGUCAUGCAUGGAGAUAACUAGUGAACGAAAAUCAGAAGGAACGAACGCUCCCUGGCUAUCCUCCAGGGAGGACGAGUACUGCGCCAUCCAUCGGUGCAGCGAGCGUGGGCUGGACAGCGUUAAGUCCCUGCAAUCCGAUUUCGAGCGCAAUGUAGC